CUAUUGACAAGCGCUAUGACUACAUCCAAGCGACCAGCAGCACGCAUAGUGGACCUUAGGGAAUCCUUCGGUGGUUCAUUCUCUUUUGGGUUGCAAUGUCAUCACGACUUGAAGUGCGACUUAACGGGACGGUUUUGGUAACAGGUUUGGGCAGCGUCCUGAGCUGCGACAAAUCUACUAUAAAUUCAGGAGAACCUGCAAUGUUAAAUCAAAGUCUCUUCAAUUCAAUCCAACAUUCCAUAUCACUCCAGCAACCCUCAGUAUCAAACUCAGUUUACACAACUUUAAUAUGUCUCGUUACGCCUCUCUCUACACCGACCCCCAAGGCCCAGGUGACAGCCGGCCAACUGCUCUACAGGUAGUGCAGGAUGAGCAAAUGCAGAACCAACUCGUUGGAAAGGCAGCAGUCAUCACUGGCGUUUCAUCCGGCAUCGGCAUAGAAACUGCACGGGCUCUUGCUGCUACAGGCAUCAAGCUCUUCCUGACUGCCCGAAACCUUGAUAAAGCCAAGGAAGCUCUCGCUGACUUCUGGAACCCGGAUCAGAUGAAGCUUGUGCAACUUGAGCUGAGCUCUAUGGACAGUGUUAGGGCUGCCGCAAAGGUCAUCCUUUCUGAGACCGACGAGCUUAGCAUCUUCAUCGCCAAUGCUGGUGUCAUGGCCGUCCCGGAGCUCACGACUACUGCCGACGGCUUUGAAGAGCAGUUCGCUACGAAUCACUUAUCUCACUUCCUCUUAUUUGAGCUCCUCAAACCUAGCCUUCUCAAAGCGUCAACUGAGAAAUUCCAGUCUCGUGUCGUUGUCGUCGGAGCUACUGCUCAUCGCAUGCAAGGCAUACCCGCUUCGAACGACUACAAUUAUGAGACCAGUGGUGCCUCCGCUUAUACGCCCUGGGAAGCAUACGCCCGCUCCAAGACCGCCAACACCUAUAUGGCCAAUGAGAUUGAACGUCGAUAUGGUCACAGGGGGGUCCAUGCGACUAGUGUUGCUCCAGGACUGGUUACCUCCAAUAUUGGUCGUCAUAUUCCCCAGGAAGUGAUGGCAGGGGUUAUUGGUGACAAAAUGAAUGAGGUUCAGAGUCUCGAGCAAGCCGCUGCAAGUACUCUGGUCGCUGCCGUGGGCAAAGAAUGGGAAGGAAGAGGAGGUGUUUACAUCACCAACUGUAGUGCUGCAGAACGGGGCGAAGAUGACGGCGUUUCGACUUCGUACACAUAUGUUUCUCACACCUACAACCCCAAGGAUGAGCAGAGACUUUGGAACGACUCUCUAAAGAUGGUGGAGAAGUGGAACAGCUCUAGCACAGAAGACGUUUAAGGAGGGUUUGCGCAUCAGCUGUAUACAGAUCACCUACUAGCUCUACAAUUUACCUGGCUUCAAUUUUCACUUCG